UCAACUAUUGCUUGCGCAGCUUAUUAGAAUGGUCCAUGGAGUAACGUCACAUGUGAUUAAAUCUUAACUGCGGCCAUAAUUCCCGUCAUAAUCACGAUAGUAGAGCUGUCACGUUCACCUUGUUGUGAUUAUUUAUAUGGUCGAUCGUACAAAGUAAUCCCUUUCAAGUAACCCAUCGAAACGUUUCUCUUCCCAAAGCCAAACUCCAGAUUUUCCGGUCACAAGGAAGAUGUCAGGAUCAAGUGAUGUUUCUCGGAGCUUGUGGCUGGCACAAAAUCCGAGCAAGAGAUGGGGAGAGCUCUUCUUCCUGUUCUACACUCCUUUCUGGCUCACUCUCUCCUUGGGAAUCAUUGUUCCUUACAAGCUUUACGAGACAUUCACGGAGUUGGAGUAUCUGCUUGCGGCCUUGGUUUCAGCUGUUCCUGCUUUCUUGAUACCAAUGUUAGUUAUUGGAAAGGCCGACAGAGACUUAUGCUGGAAGGACCGUUAUUGGGUUAAGGCAAAUCUCUGGAUAAUUAUUUUCAGCUAUGUGGGAAACUACUUUUUGACUCACUAUUUCUUCCAAGUUCUUGGAGCGUCAUAUACUUUUCCGGCGUGGAAAAUGAAUAAUGUGCCUCACAGCACAUUCUUCAUGGCACAUGUUUGUUUCCUCUUUUACCACGUUGCAUCCAACAUUACUCUUCGAAGGCUACGACAUUCCAUUUCUGAUUUACCAGAUUCUCUGAGAUGGUGUUUUGAGGCUGCAUGGAUACUGGCCUUUUCUUAUUUCAUUGCAUACCUGGAGACUGUUUCUAUUGUAAAUUUUCCUUACUACGAGUUUGUGGACCGAAAUGCCAUGUACAGAGUUGGAUGUUUGUUCUAUGCCUUAUACUUCAUUGUGAGCUUUCCAAUGUUCUUCAGGAUGGAUGAGAAAUCAAGUGAUAAAUGGGAUUUGUCACGUGUGGCUGUUGAUGCUUUAGCUGCUUCUAUGUUGGUAACGAUCAUUCUUGAUCUAUGGCGUCUAUUCUUGGGACCUAUAGUUCCCCUACCGGAGGGAAAAAGUUGCCUUCAGUCUGGAUUAGUAUGGUUUUCCCAUUGAAGGUUGAAAGAUGGCUGUUUCGACCAAUUUGGGGAGUGAAAGAUAAGCCUGCACGAGAGAUUCCAUUUGCACUUUACGGAAUUGGGAAGUAGAUGAUAAUAUUAUGGGCAUGUUUAUAAUGUUUUUCUUCUUCCAGAUGACGCCUGCUUUGAUACAUUUCUUCUGUUUUCUCUCAUAUGGUUUACUUUGUAAGAAUAUUUUUAUGAACCCUAAGAUCUCUAAACAUCUAGAUUAAUUACAUAAUGGAAUUAUAUGAAACUUCAUAAAUUUCAUUGUGCCUGAGAGAUCUUCUUUAAUGGAGUGUAUCCUAAUUGGAAAACGAACACCUAAAUCUCUUAAUAUAAAUUUUUAAAUUUC